AUGAAUUUUCAAGCUUAAAAUAAUUUAGAUUGUCAAGAUAUAAGGAUAUGGAGAUUAGGCACGAUAGACUUGGAGGUUAAAAAGCUACUUUAUAAUUAAUAUUAACUUUUAACGAAAAAAAUAUAAAUCCUACAAACCAAAGAGAAUUUAGUUUAUUUAGAGGAUGGAGCUAUUUUGAGAAAGUACAGAUUAAUUAUUAUUUUAAAAGUGAAUAGCUGAAAAUUUCUAAUAAUCAUCCUUAAUUAUUGAAAUAUGUUGAUUAGAUCAAGUAUCUUUAAUGGGAAGGACAAUACGGAGAAAAAUAUAAAAAAAAAGUUGGUUAUUGGCAGCCUACUUGGUAAGGUAAAGAGCUUAAGGGUGCUGGAGGAUACUAUGAUAAUGGAUUAAAGCAAGGCUUAUGGAAAGAAUUAGCUAAAAAUUAUUAGAUGUAGGUUUUUUACAAAAUUCAUUUUUAGUCAAGCUUAAAUAUAUGAAAAAGGAGAAUACAUAAAUGAUAUUAAGUAGGGAACUUGGAAGUAUAUAUAUAACAAUGAUAUCAUGUAUCAUUCAUAGUCAAUUAUUUAGUGGUGGGGGAUAUUACGAUUAUCAAGGUUUGAAGAAUGGCAAAUGGAUAGAAUUACAUGAUGAAUUUUGGAAGGAUGAGUAAAUCCUUUAUAUUGGCGAGUAUAAAGACAAUAGAAAAAUUGGUAUAUGGGAUAUUUGGUUUAAAGAGGAAUAUGGGAUAAAAUUUUAAUAAAUGUAUAAAUUGUUUUGAUAAUGCAGCGGUGGUGGUUCAUAUGAUUGUGGAGGAGAUAAUAAUAAGAUUGGAAGGUGGAUAGAGCCAAUUGAUGGACGUACUUGUGCUUCGAAAGCUACUUAAAAUGGAGCAUAUAAAAAUGGUAAGAAAAUUGGUAGAUGGGAUAUAAAAUAAAAAGGAGAAUUGAUGUACAAUAUUAAAAUAGCUUAAUAAAAUAGUGGUGGUGGAUUGUAUGAUAGCGAAGGUAAUGGACAUAAGAUUGGGAAGUGGGUUGAAUUGAAUGAUAGGUUUGAUAAUUGGACAUUUGUCACUGAAAAGGGUAAAUAUCAAAAUGGUUAAAGGGUUGGUAAAUGGGCUAUUAAAUUUGAAGAAGAAAAGAUGUAUAAAAAAGAAUUGAUUUUAGUGGUGGUGGAUCUUAUGAUGAAAUAGGUAAUGGAAUAAAGAUUGGGAACUGGGUUGAGUUAAGCUAUGCAUUUUGGAGGGAUGUAUAAGUGACUUAAUAUGGUGAAUAUAAAAAUGGGAAAAAAGUUGGAAGGUGGUUUUUUGAAAAUGAAGAAGAAUAGAUGUAUUAGAAAAUUAAAUGUUUUAGUGGUGGAGGAUCCUAUCAUGAAGAUGGUAACGAAACUAAAAUUGGGUAUUGGGGUGAAUUGAGUGAUGAGUUUUCUUCAGGUUCAGAAAUUACAUACAAUGGUUAGUAUAAAGAUGGAAAAAAAGUUGGCAGAUGGGAUAUUAUGUUUAGGGAUGAAUAGAUGUAAAUCAUUAAAAAGUAUAAAUUUCUUAGUGGUGGGGGAUCCUAUGAUGAUGAGGGUUAUGGCCUGAAAAUUGGAAAGUGGAUUGAGUCGACUGAGAUUUUCGGCUUAGGUUCUGAAAUCACUUAUAAUGGAGAAUAUCAAAAUGGUAAAAAAGUAGGUAAAUGGUUGGAAAUGAGAGACACCUAAUAAUAAAGACAAAUUGACUAUGAUUAUUGA